ACUGCCCGAGGAUCAUCAUCCGACUCUGGUAGAGUAAGAGAGUGAGAGAACCAAGCCGACAUGAGUUUGAGCGACAAAGACAAGACUGCCGUCAAGGCCCUGUGGGGCAAAAUCUCCAAGUCAGCGGAUGUUGUUGGCGCUGAAGCUCUGGGCAGGAUGCUUGUCGUCUACCCGCAAACCAAGACCUACUUCGCCCACUGGCCAGACAUGAGCCCCGGCUCUGAGCCCGUCAAGGCCCACGGAAAGAAAGUGAUGGGUGGACUAACACUGGCUGUGUCCAAAAUUGACGACCUGAAAGCGGGCCUGCUGGAGCUCAGCGAGCAGCACGCCUUCACGCUGAGAGUGGACCCGGCCAACUUCAAGAUCCUGUCCCACUGCAUUCUCGUGGAGCUCGCCACCAUUUUCCCAAAGGAGUUCACCCCUGAGGCCCACCUUUCCUAUGAUAAAUUCUUCACCGCUGUGGCCCUGGCUCUGGCUGAGAGAUACCGCUAAGCUGCCCGCAGUGCGAGAUGCGGUCUGCUACCAGCGAUCAUGUAACUCAUGGUGCAAAAUCUUGAAAUAAACUGCAUGCCGCCAAAAACA